UGCAUGAGAUUUAGUGAGGGAAGAUCUUGAAGGAAUUAGUUUGGUCGGAAGAUAUAUAUUGGGUUUAGCUAUGGCUUCUCGUCUCCCCCUUUUUAAUCUGACCGCGGCCAGCUUGCUUGUCGUGGCAAUGCCCCCCGCCGUAAUCACAGUUUCCGCCGGAGAAAACAACUUUUCCGACAUCCAUGAGGGUAAAGUACGUAGACUCUUGAAGCAACUUAACAAACCGGCCGUUAAAUCUAUCGAGAGUCCGGAUGGAGAUAUAAUAGAUUGUGUCCCUAUCAAGAAACAGAUUGCUUUUGAUCAUCCUUUGCUACAGAAUCACACCAUCCAGAUGAGGCCGAGUUGCCACCCGGAAGGUGAUCAUGCAGGAAACGCCAAGAAAAAUACAAAGCCUUUGAUUCAGCUUUGGCACGUGAAGGGGAAGUGCCCUAAAAACACGGUUCCGAUCAAAAGAACAAAGAAAGAAGAUCUCCUCGGACCCACUUCCUUCGAGAGUUUCGGAAAAAAGAGUCAGAAAAGCAUCCCACAAACCGGAUCAAAUGAUCCGUUUACAGGUCACGAGCAUUCUAUAGCGUUCGUGGCGAACGACAAGUUUUACGGCUCGAAAUCCAUGGUGAACAUCUGGAAUCCCUUUGUCCAGUUGUCUUCCGAGUUCAGUUUGGCUCAGACAUGGGUUAGGGCCGGUGAUGGUUCUGAUCUUAACACCAUUGAAGCUGGUUGGCAGGUCUAUCCAGACUUGUACAGAGACUUUAACACGAGAUUGUUCGUUUACUGGACCCGUGACGGAUACCAAAAAACAGGCUGCUACAAUCAUGUGUGUCCGGGCUUUGUUCAGACCAACAACGGUGUCGCCCUGGGCGGAUCCAUCUCUCCAACAUCAAUAUACGGAGGUACCCAGUACGAAUACACUAUACUUAUAUGGAAGGACAAGGCGAGCGGAAACUGGUGGCUCCAAGUCCAAGGGAUAAACGUCGGGUACUGGCCAGGGACGCUGUUCACUGGUCUCGCGGACAGCGCGACACGAGUGGAUUGGGGAGGCGAGAUUGUGAACCGACGGACGAACGGGAAACACACGAGCACGGAUAUGGGAAGCGGGCGUUUUGCGGAAGAAGGGUUUGGAAAGGCGGCUUAUUUCAGGAACAUUCAGAUAGUCGAUGGAUCCAACACUCUUCAGCCGACUCCAGGACUUGCAGCCAUUGCCGAGCAGCCAAAUUGUUACGACGUCCAGUUGGGAACUGCUGGUACAUCAUGGGACAGUUACUUCUACUAUGGCGGUUCUGGUCUGAACCCUAACUGCCCAUGAAAAAUACGCAUAUAUGACCAUGGUAUUAACAAAGGCUGUAUAAGCUAUAUAUGUGUAUAAACCUUAUCGCGUGUGGUGAUUUUGUAAGAAUCAUAAUGUCUGGACUGUGUGUGAUGAUGUGUAUCUUUCAAUAAAGAAAAUAUAUAUGCUAUGACAUGAUUGUACGUUUAUCGAUUA